UACAAUUAUAACCCCGCCGCAUGGAUCAGGAACCAUUAAUCGUGAUGAACCAUCUGUUCGUUUCUAAAAUUCUCUCUAAUGUUUAAUAGAUCCGCGUUUAUCGCAUCAUCAUCCGCCUUACAGUGAUAUCGUUCUAGAAGAAGGAUAUGUACAUGCUGCUAUUUAUAUUAGGGAACUUUGGUCUUCUUCUGCAAUUUCCUCAUUCAUCAUCAGCUUUUCCGUAUAAACCCUAGGCGUCUAAGUAUCGCCUUUGAGUUUCAGUUAGUAUAUUCUAAUUUAUUUUGACACCGACUUGGAGAGUUGAUAAUGGGUGACAAAGCUAAGAGGUACGGCAGGAGAUUAAGAACUAAUGUGAAUCCUUUAAAAUUGAGUCUAAGUAAUAAAGCUUUUAAUGAGAAAAUAAGAAAGAGGCGUACCAGAGAGAGUAGUAGUAGUGGUAAUGGCAAUUCAGAAGUUAUUAUUGAUGGUAGUUGCAGCAGCAAUAGUGAGGAACAUAAAAUUAUCAGACAGAGUGAGGAUAAUAAGAAGAUGAAGAUGGGUAACAAUUGGAAGCCAAUGGCCAAGUGCAGUGUGGAGAAUAUUGGUAGUAGUAGUAGCCUCAGCAAUAGUGAGGAAAAUGAAAUUAUUAGACAUAGUGAGAAUAAUAAGAAGAUGAAGAUGAAGAUGGAUAACAAUUGGAAGCCAAUGGCCAAGUGCAGUAGUGGCAACAAGGUUCUGAGCAGCAGCAGUAUUUUCGAUCACUAUAGAAUAAUGCGUGGGAUAUUGAGUAGGCUCCCUGUCAAAUCACUCAUGCGAUUCAAGUGUGUAAGCAAACAUUGGCAGUUCUCAAUUUGCCAAGAUCAAGGCUUGAUUGAUUUACACUUCUCUCAGUCAAAGCAACAUUGUCCAGAUCUCUUUCUUGUUGUUCCUCGUUAUACCGUUAAUCGCUCUGGAAGAUACCCUGCGCGCAGGAAUACAAGGGGGUAUGCGGGUGCCCGGGAGUGUAAGUAUCAACAGUCUUUGUUGCUAGGCAAUUUAUUUGAAAGUGGAACAUCGCCGGCCAUUAGAACUACUGUUCGAAAAUCAGAGCAAAAGCCAUUUCAUUAUACUGAGAUUCUACCACCUGUUAAUGGUUUGAUUUGCUUUGUUAACCGUCGUUCAGCUGCCGUUUGCAUAUUAAAUCCAAGCACUAGAGAACGAACACCAUGGAUCGUUUCUUCGCUUCGUCAAAACAAAAAGUACAAUUUCGUUGAAGAAUAUGCUCGUGCUGUAUGGUUACCAACUUACUUCUUUGGAUUUGAUCCUGCCACCAAACAACACAAAGUUGUAUGCGCUUGGUGUCUACAUGGACAAGCGACAGGUUUUUCUGGCAUCGACAGUGAAGAUGACAAAUUUCACUGGACAGGCAUUUGUGAGGUCUUGACCGUAGGGGAGAACACUUGGAGAAACAUUGAUGAGAAGGUUCCAUUUACGCACUAUCCUGUAAAAGUUUCAAUUUGCUCAAAUGGUUUCAUUUACUGGGGUAGUGGUUUCGUGGGAAUCCCUGAAAAUUUAAACGCAUUUGACGUUGGGCAGGAGAAAUUCAAAGUGAUUACGGUUCCUCAGCAUAUCAAAGACAAAUGUAAGAAUCCACCCGGAGGCCAUUGUGGUCCUUAUCAGAGUUUAAUAGAAGUGGGUGGACAUAUAUCUUUACUACAACGCUGGACUGAUAAGGUUGUGAAGCUAUGGAUUUGCGGUGAUGAUACUUCUACCGGUAGCUACAGCAAGUGGACUGAAAUUACGAUGAACUUACCUUUUCAGUGGGGCGACAGGCAUGGUAGAUUCCCUUACUUCCAUGGUGUUGCAGGUGAAGACCGGAUUAUUAUAGAAUCCUACCCAACUAUGGACAGAUUAGAUAUAAACAAAGUCUGUCUAUAUUCUUAUGAUUGGAAAAAGAAGACGUCAACAAAAAAGGCCAAAGAUGGUGUGGUUUCGGAGUUAAGUUCGGUUUCCUUAUAUUCGGGAUUAGCUUUUGUUUCCUUAUUUAGAUCUUUUGCAGAAAGCCUCUGGCCUGUUCGAGACCACCAAUUCAGACACCGCCAAGAAACUGAAAAGGCUCGUUUGCGGCUAAAUGUUAAUGUUACUGCUGCACUGGAUUCUGCUCCUGCACCUGCUCCAAUUGAAUCUUUUACGAAUAUGUGUCUGCAUGAAAGUAUCAUGAAAGAUAUAUCGUUCCACAAGUACUCUACACCGACAUCUAUCCAGGCCCAAGCUAUGCCAGUUGCUCUUAAUGGAAGGGAUCUUUUGUGUUGUGCAGAGACUGGGAGUGGUAAAACUGCUGCUUUCGCUAUUCCAAUGAUUCAGCAUUGCCUAGCUCAGCCUUCUGUUCGGCGAGGUGAUGGUCCUCUUGCGUUAGUGUUGGCACCUACGAGAGAACAUGCCCAACAGAUAGAGAAAGAGGUUAAGGCCUUCAGUAGAUCUCUGGAGUCCUUCAGAACUGCUACUGUUGUGGGUGGAACAAAUAUGGCAGAGCAGAAGUCUGAGUUGCGAGCGGGAGUAAAUAUUGUGGUUGCCACACCUGAAAGAUUUAUUGACCAUUUGCAACAAGGGAACACCUGCCUCUCUAGGAUCUCAUUUGUUGUUAUGGAUGAGGCUGACAUACUGUUGGACAUGGGGUUUGAGCCGCAGAUAAGAGAGGUGAUGCGGAAUGUUCCCAUAAAGCGCCAAACGUUGCUGUUUAGUGCAACAAUGCCAGUAGAAAUUGAAGCCCUUGCGCAGAAGUACCUUAGUGACCCAGUGCAAGUGAAGGUUGGAAAGGUUCAGGAGAGUGAGAAGGUUAAUAUGGAGGACUUGCAUUAAAUUAUGAUUCAGAUUAUACCAUGGGAAAACAUGAGAAGGAGACAAAAUGGAUGCCUGGGUUGCCAAAACAGCCAAAUGGAUGAAUGAUAAUUAGGUCGAUGUAAUAGUGAGUUAUUCAGACGAUGAACAUAUUUAUUUGUUGUGGAUGAUAUUUUGUGUUCUCUUAAUUGUAUUCUUCCGGCUUUAUUUUGCUAAAAAACAAAUUCUCUGGAAACACUGUGCAAGUUUACUGUCUCUGUACAUAGUGGGAAGAGUCAUUUUGCUUUCCUGUGUUAUGAAGGUUUUGCUCAAACAUCUGGGAAACAA